GAGACCGCAACUACCGUCGGUCUCCAUUCCCCCAUCUUGCUGUGAUCGGUCCAUGGCGUGGGCCACGACCAAAUGGCUCUGACAUCAUGGAAAGCAUUCAACUUCUUCGACGUCUCUCCCGUCAAGCUGUCAGAGGAGAGUUCGUCGGUGUUCAACUCUGAUAUCUCAUCCAUAUGUACCGGCUCCGCGAACCUCUUCCUCGGAUCCGCUGACGGCCACGUCCACAUCGUCUCGUCGGGCUUCAAAGUCAUCCGAUCGUUCAAGGCAUCCGACGCCGGUUCCAUCACGCAUAUCAAGCAGAUCGAGGGAUCUUCCCUUCUGGUUACUAUCUCGGAGGACCUUCUGAAUGAGCCGAUUCUGAAGGUUUGGGCUCUCGAUACAUCGGAGAAGAAGACAGGGGCACCCCGAUGCUUGUCUACAACCUCCAUCCAGAAUGCAAGGAGACUUUUCCCCAUAUCGGCAUUCACGGCCCUUAGCGACCUUUCCCAGGUCGCAGUCGGAUUCGCCAAUGGUUCCGUCGCGAUUAUUCGCGGCGACCUGAUCCACGAUCGCGGCGCGCGGCAACGUAUCGUUUUCGAGUCGGAAGAGCCGGUGACUGGUCUGGAGGCUCAGAACGGGCAAAUAGCAACGCUCUAUAUCUCUACGACAAGUCGGAUAUUAGCCUUGAUCAUCGCUGGCAGAGGACAAGGCCAGCCGGCGCGCGUUCUAGAGGAUACGGGUUGUGCUCUUGGAUGUGUGUCCUUGGACAAGGAGUCGGGUUACGUGCUUGUUGCGAGAGAAGAUGCAAUAUACAAUUAUGGGCCGCACGGACGUGGCCCAAGCUAUGCAUUUGAAAGCUUCAAAAGCUCGAUAAAUAUCUUCAAGGACUACCUUGCCUUGGUUUGCCCUCCCAAAGUUGGCGCUCCAAAUUCCGGCUCGCUGCGAAACUUCGGGGUGAAUCAAUCGGAUGAUAUUUUCUCGACUACCACGUUCACGCUGCUGGAUACUGACCUUAAAUUCAUUGCUCAUUCGGAGUCUCUUGUCUCUUCUGUGAAACAGGUUUUCAUUGAAUGGGGAGAUUUAUUCCUCCUUACCACGGACGGAAAGGUCUUUCGUUACAGAGAAAAGAGCCUUCAGCAAAAGCUUGAAAUCCUCUACCAGCGCAAUCUUUACAUUUUGGCGAUCAACUUGGCCCAGAAGACAGGUGUCGACACUCUCCAGCAGAACACCAUUUACCGCAAAUAUGGUGACUUUCUCUACCAGAGGGGUGACUACGAUACAGCAAUGCAGCAAUAUCUUAGGGCCAUUGAUAAUACAGAGCCAUCACAAGUGAUCCGAAAGUACCUGGACACUCAACGCAUCCACAAUUUGAUUGAAUAUCUUGAGGAGUUACACGACCAUGAUCGAGCUACCGUCGACCACACAACCCUGCUCUUGAAUUGCUAUGCAAAGCUAAAAGAUACCAGCAAAUUGGACGCCUUUAUCAAAGCUCCGGGUGAGCUCAAGUUUGACCUGGAAACCGCCAUCGCGAUGUGUCGUCAAGGUGGCUAUUACGAACAAGCUGCUUACCUGGCCACCAAAUAUGGCGAAAACGAAAUGGUCGUUGAUAUUCUGGUUGAGGACUCUAAAAAGUACGCGGAGGCAGUGGAGUACAUCUGGCGACUUGAUCCUGAACUGGCAUAUCCCUACCUCAUGAAGUAUGCGCGCGUCUUACUUUCAAACUGUCCGCAGAGAACAACAGACCUUUUUAUCGAGUACUAUAAGGGGCAGUUCAAACCAAGAACAGAGGUCGAACCUCCAGCCGAGCCGCAGGCACAGUCAGGUAGUACCCUACAGAACCUAGCGGCCUUUCUGCCUCUCUCCCUUAUGAGCACCAGUGGCACACGAGCAGACGCGGUCGAAACUGCACUGACAGCCCCAGACGAGACAGCCGAGCAUGUUCCUGAGUAUCAAGUUCCUAAGCCUCGGACAGCGUUCUCUGCUUUUGUGGGACACCCCCAGGAGUUUAUCGCGUUCCUAGAAGCGCUUAUCAACCAGGAUAAUGUGAAGCAGGACGAUAAAGUUGAUCUAUACACGACGCUCUUUGAGAUGUAUCUGGAUACUGCCAAUCGGAAGAAGGGUGCCGGGGAGAAAGAAGAGUGGGAAACCAAGGCCAAGCAGUUAAUCGAGGGCAAGGAUAUCCCCAUUUCCACCUCCAAUGUUCUAUUGUUAUCAGAGCUCUCCGGCUUCCGAGAAGGGUCAACCUUAGUACGGGAACAAGAAGGUCUUCGCUCAGAUAUAUUUCGGUCAUUUACUUCCGCCAAAGACACACGUGGUGCCAUUAAGGCUUUGAAGAAGUACGGGCCGGAGGAGCCGCAGCUAUAUGUGGACGCCCUUACGUACUUCUCGUCGAGCCCCAAAAUCCUCGAAGAGGCUGGGGAUGAGCUGGAUGUUGUGCUCAAGAGAAUUGACGAUGAUGGGCUAAUGUCCCCCCUCCAAGUAAUCCAAACCCUCAGCAACAAUGCAGUUGUGACAAUGGGCCGGGUCAAGAAGUACUUGAGUGACAACAUCGAGCGCGAACGCAAAGACAUAUCAAGCAAUCGCCGCCUCAUCUCCAGUUACAGCACAGAAACCGAGAACAAACGGAAUGAACUCGAGCAAUUGGGCAGCAAGCCCGUUGUCUUCCAGGCUCGUCGGUGCAUGUCCUGUGGCGGAUCCCUCGAUCUUCCGACGAUUCACUUCCUCUGCAAACAUUCCUUCCACCAACGCUGUCUGAACAAGGUGGACGAUGAGGCGGAGUGUCCAACCUGUGCGCCACAGAACUCGACCAUUAAGGCCAUUCGAAAACGCCAGGUGGAAUCGGCCGACCAGCAUGAUCUGUUCAAGGGGGAGCUUCAAAGGUCGAAGGACCGAUUCGGGGUUGUCAGCGAAUUCUUCGGAAGAGGUGUGAUGCGACCGCAGAGCACGAUGGAAUGAUUGAUGCUAUGUAUCCACUACCAUAAUACUUGAUUGUCUAUAGAAUCUUUGAGCAAUGCAUGC